CUCUUGGUUUGUCACGCGAUGUCGGAAUUCGAAGAAUCCUUACGAAAAGAGUAUCAAAACACGUUGAAGACACGAGGUUUUGACCACUCUACGAUUCACGAAGUGACCGUAGGGGAUGGUAUAACAAAAAGUAGACACGAACAAUGAUUCUAAACUUGAGAUCUGAGAUAGGUCUACAGACUCGGCAUAUUGAAAAUCCAGUGUGAUACUGGAAGUUCCGAGUCGACGCCGAAGCCGCAGUUCCCAUUACCAAUCUCGUCAAUUGGCUGGCUUCCUUGGUGAUAUAAAUCGUGGGCUUGCACUUGCCAACACUUACUGAGUCCGAGUCAGCACAAUGGCAGACACUGUAGUACAACUAACAGGUCCUUUGGUACUAGGGUAUCAGUUUAAUUGGGGCCUCUAUGGUGUUUUGGCAACUCAGCUUUACACCUAUCACCAAGCAGGUUUUCGGGACAAUCGAUUGAUCAAGUCCAUCGUAUACGGACUUUUCAUCCUUGAAACUCUACAGCUCAUUAUGGCGACCCACGACUCUUUUCACACUCUCGCAUUGGGAUGGGGAAAUGAAGGAGACUUGUUGGACGUUUGGCUCUCUUGGUUUGAUCUUCCGUUUCUAACGGGCAUCACCAGCGCUACGAUCCAAUGUUUCUAUGCGUGGCGCAUCUACAUCCUCAGCAAGUCACUUGUGUUAGCAAUAACGAUCGCAGCUAUCGCAUUAGUGCAGGGCUCCGCAGCAAUGGCUGAAGGUCUCCAAAUAUUAAUAUCACAGAACGUGCCGGGAACCCAGGUUAACACCUUCAAAACGACUGCGGUGUGGCUUGGGGGAACUGCCUUGUGCGAUAUCAUAAUCUGCUGCGCCAUGUUCUAUUUUCUCUCAACAAGUCGCACUGGGUUUCGUGCCACGGACUCGCUGCUCAACAAAUUGAUUAGGAUAACUAUAGAGACCGGCAUGCUCACUUCCGUAAUUGCUAUUAUCGAGCUCACCCUGUUUUUGACAUUCGAGCAUAAUUUCUACCAUGUGGUACCAGCAUUUAUGCUUUCGAAAUUGUACAGCAAUUCCUUCCUUGUCCUUCUUAAUAGCCGCAACAGCAAUAGGAAUAGUAAACAGACAACAACCUCGCAGACCCUUCAUUCACUGCCGGAGUUUUCCGCUUCAAGGGAGGCUAAUAGGACUGGCGCAAUGAAAGUAGACCUCGCUCACCGGACCUCGGACGAUAUUGGAAUGGUUAGCUUCUCAGAGACCGAAAAUCUCAAUAAGCAGGGAAACCCACCUCCUGACUCGGAUCGCGUGCUCUGCGAUGUGUGAUCAAACACGCCACGCCUAAAAUUAUAUCUGGUCCUUUCCAGUCCGUUACAAUAUUACUUGAAACGAAUGAUACAGAGAUCCAUGCAGCGCUUAUAGUACUGGCAUCUCCAUUCCGUAUUGCUUUCGUCGUUUAUUUAGUCAGUGUUUAACGUUUAUUGUCCAUUAUGACAAUGCGUUUGUAUUACGUGCGUCGUUAUCGGUGUAUCUUUGACCUAAAUUAUGGCCUGCAUCAAGGUCUGAUUUGCGAAAA